CACCACACCAGCGCUGUGACGCGGCCCCGGUGGAUGCUGGGACAGCAGACGGUGGAGGUCAGAGAGACUCCAAAAUGUCGGUAGCUGCUCUCACGUCCUUGAGCCGCUGUGGUGUUGUGGCGUUUCGCUCCCCCGCCGGACUGGUGGCGGUGCGGUAUGCCCAAACGGCAGCAGCUCCAGCAAAACAACCCAGAAUAAAGAAGUUCCAGGUGUACAGAUGGGACCCAGACACUCCAGGAGACAAACCCCGCAUGCAGACCUACGAGAUCGACCUCAACACUUGUGGCCCAAUGAUUCUUGACGCCCUGAUCAAGAUCAAAAAUGAGAUGGACUCCACUCUGACCUUCCGACGCUCCUGCAGAGAAGGUAUUUGUGGAUCCUGUGCAAUGAACAUUAAUGGAGGAAACACACUUGCCUGUCUCAACAAGAUUGACACCAAUGUUAGCAAGCCAACUAAGAUUUACCCUCUCCCACAUAUGUAUGUGGUCAAGGACCUGGUACCUGACAUGAGUAACUUCUACGCCCAGUACAAGUCUAUUGAACCCUACCUGAAGAAGAAGGAUGAGUCAAAUGAAGGGAAGGAGCAGUACCUGCAGUCUGUGGAGGACAGACAGAAACUGGACGGGCUGUAUGAAUGCAUCCUGUGCGCCUGCUGCAGUACGAGCUGCCCCAGCUACUGGUGGAACGGAGACAAAUACCUCGGGCCUGCGGUGCUGAUGCAGGCGUAUCGUUGGAUGAUUGACUCGAGAGACGAGUUCACAGAGGAGCGUCUGUCCAAGCUGCAGGAUCCCUUCUCCCUCUACCGCUGCCACACCAUCAUGAACUGCACCAGAGCCUGCCCCAAGGGUCUGAACCCAGGAAAAGCGAUAGCUGAGAUCAAGAAGAUGAUGGCUACAUAUAAGGAGAAGAAAGCAGCUGCUGUCUGAAACCUCCGUUGUCAUCUUCUAUAACUUUUCCCUCCAUGAUUAAAUGAUAUAUUGAUUAGAAAAUAUUUUUUGAAUAUUUUUUUGAAGUCUGAAGGGCCAGGACACCUGUCAGCUCCACCACCACACUCCGCAGACUGUAUAAUCAACUGUAAUAGAGAUGGAGAGUGUGUAUGUGUGUGUGGUUGGAGGACUUGGUGUUUCACAAACGCACAUGUACAGUAUGAAUGCAGGAGAGAAGCGUGUGUGUUGUCUGAGUCUUACAUGUACCAUAACCAGAGUAUUUAUCUCCAACUCUACCAUGUGUAUAUUUGUGCACUGGACGCUGCGUAUUAAAGUAAAAACAAGGUGUGUUGUUGCGUGUAAACCUUUUUUUUUUUUUUUAGCUUGAUGCUUUUUUUUUCAGGUUAGCGUCUGGUUCACAGACAUACAGUGUAUACUUUCUUCUUUCAACAUAACCAACUGCAGGCUUUGUUUUGAAGGAAAAUAAACAGUUGAAAUGCCUCCA